ACUGGGAAUUUUGGUUCACUCUGUGAUAAUCAGGAUAUCGCUGGGAGCUUCGGGGAGCACGAAAACAAUCAAGCCGCUGGUGGUGGCGCUGACAUUCCACCAGUUCUUCGAAGGGCUCGACCUCGGCGCAUGCUUGUCGUAGACGAGAUUCAUGCUGUGAGUGGUGAUAACGAUGGUGGCAUUCUUCUCCUUCACGAUGCCGAUCGAGAUCGCGGCGGGGAUAUGCAUCACGUAUUUACAACGAGAACAGCCAGACGACCCUUGUGGACUGUGGUGGACGGGCUGAUGAACUCUGCCUCGGCUGGGAUUUUGAUAUACAUGGCCUUAGUAGGAUUUCGGCAGCCCCAGAUUGCUGGGCAACAUGCGGCUGCAGCUCGGAGGGUACGUCUCGCAUCUUCUAGGUAUGGGUCUCGCUGA